UUAACUGGCGGUUGGGAAUAGCUGGGGAAAUUAAAAACAAACACGGCUUCAGGCUUCAGGCAAACAAGGCCACUGCAGAAACCCAUGGCUACUCCACUUCAAGACCGAGUCGCAAUAAUCACCGGCUCCUCCCGUGGAAUCGGACGAGAAAUCGCUCUCCAUCUCGCCUCACUCGGCGCCAGAGUCCUUAUCAACUACACCUCCAACUCCUCCCUAGGUGACUCACUCGCUGCACAGAUCAACUCCCACGCCGCCGCCGGAGCUGUCCUCCCUCGCGCCAUCGCCGUCCGAGGCGACGUCUCGGAACCGAACGACGUGAAGGCGCUGUUCGACUCGGCGGAGCGCGAGUUCGGCUCGGCGGUUCACAUCCUGGUUAACGCGGCCGGUGUUCUUGAUAGCAAGUACUCGACCAUAGCCAACAUUGCAGUGGAGGAUUUCGAUCGCAUUUUCAGUGUAAAUGCAAGAGGAUCAUUCCUGUGCUGCAAAGAGGCAGCAAACCGAUUGAAACGUGGUGGUGGAGGUCGAAUCAUAAUGCUAAGUUCAUCGAUGGUGGGUGCACUGAGACCAACUUUUGGGGCAUACUCAGCAUCCAAAGCAGCUGUUGAGGCCAUGAUUCAUAUUCUGGCAAAAGAGCUGAAGGGAACUGGGAUUACGGCGAACUGUGUUGCACCUGGGCCAAUUGCAACUGAAAUGUACUAUGCUGGGAAGACCGAAGAGCAAGUGAAAGCGAAUAUUGCAGAGUCUCCUCUCAGUAGGCUUGGUGAGCCAAAGGAUGUAGCUCCUUUGGUGGGAUUUUUGGCUACUGAUGCUGGUGAAUGGGUUAAUGGGCAGGUCAUUCGGGUUAAUGGUGGCUAUGUUUAGUAGCUCUUGUAUACUGUUCUACACGAUCUCUCUUGUACGUUGUUGCAUAAGAAGUGAAAACCCUGUAAAAAGGAACUAAAUAAAUGAUUGUCAUAAAUAAUUUCUUGAUGA